UGUACCUAUUUCAGUGCAAAAUCAAAACAUUCGAAUAAUUUUGGAAAAAUGGAUGAAAACAGCUUGAUCUACGGUCUAGAACUGCAGGCGCGGGCUUUAACACCCCAAUACGGGGAGAGCAACGAUGUGUGCUUCUUUAUAGCCACCAAUUCCCUGAAACCCACGAACCAAGUGCAUUUAAUCCAGUACGAGGAGGAACAGGGAACCGUGCAAUCAAAGGUAUUCGAGCACGCCCUGGGUGAAGUGUGGAAGCUGAAUAGCUGCCCGCAUAAUGCCCGCCUGCUGGCCUCCGUCUACAAUGUCCAGAAGGGAGCACAGGUGCUCACCCAGUCGGCUUUAUUUACGCUUCCCGAGGAUCUCAAUCCGGAUCCGGAGCAACUGAAGUCGGAGUACCUGCCGUGGGCGCAGGUUGAGGUCCUGGACACCGAAGCCCUGGGAGAACGUGUGAAAACCAUCGAAUUCCAUCCCAGCCAGGAGCAGAUCCUUGCCUGCGUGGUGGACAACAAGGUGGCCGUGAUGCAAAGAGCAGAAGCCUCCACCCGCGUGGUGGCCGAGGUGCCCACUGGUGGAUCCUCCAGCGGAUCGGCCAAACACACGGCACACUUCACCACCGGCAAGUGGUCGCAUCAUCACCAGGGCCACCAGUUCCUCACGCUCCAGGAUGGCAAUCUGAGUGCCUUCGAUGUGCGCGAUACCCAGCAUUGUGCUUGGAGCAUCAGCGAUGCCCACGGGCAGAUGGUGCGCGACCUGGACUGCAAUCCCAACAAGCAGUGCCACCUGGUCACGGGCGGGGAUGAUGGCUACCUGAGGAUCUGGGACUGCCGAAUGCCCAAGGCUCCCGUCUUCGAGCGCUCCGAUCAUUCGCAUUGGGUGUGGUCCGUGCGCUUCAAUACAUUCCACGACCAACUGCUCCUCUCCAGCUCCAGUGACUGCAAGGUGCUGCUCACCUGUGCCGGAUCUGUGAGCUCGGAAACUCAGGCUCAGCCGGGACUGGAUGACUCCGCCAAUUUCAGUGGGCCGGAAGCCGAGGAGAGGCGCAAACUCCUGCCCGAUGGACUGCUGCAGACCUUCGACCAGCACGAGGACUCGGUUUACUGUGCCGAGUGGAGCAAUGUGGAUCCCUGGAUCUUUGCCUCCCUCAGCUACGAUGGGCGCGUCAUAAUCUCAAAGGUGCCCAAGCAGUACAAGUACCAGAUUAUAUUUUAG